AUGCUACUAUUUCACGAUUUCCGAUCAUUUCUCCACUAUCUGUCUCUCUUGUUCAUCUAUUACCAUGGAAUACUAAGAUCACAAGCAGUGCCUAUUGCUGGUGCAUUGGUUCCAUCACGUGUACAAAAUUUUCGAGCUCGAUACGAUCAUUCAACGGAUUCAAUUUAUAUUCAAUGGUCAUAUCCAGAAGAGGUACAAAGCAAAGUACAACCGGAAUUUGUGGUUCGUUACCGAAUUACCAAUCGUCCUGAUGGUUUCUCCGAAUUUGAUUGGAAGUACUCACAAGUCGGAACCAAAUUAGAAGCAAGGUUGGAUUUAGAUGAAGUACGAAAUGGUGAUGAGCUCCAGGCACAGGUUCGUGCCGAGCGCCCUGACGGAAUAAUCUUAGAAGAUUGGUCACAAUCUUUGCUGAUCUCGAUAACCAAACGUGUUCUCAUUGAUGGUGUUUCGACAGCUGAUGAUGAUCUGUUGCCACCGCUUAAUUUUCAAGCUCAUAUAUUAAGCGCAUCAAAGGUACGCCUGGAAUGGACUCCACCUUCCAAAGCUUCAUCAAGUGCAAGUCAUUAUUACGUCGUGAAUGUGAAGCAGUUGACAUCCGCGGAUAGAACGCCACUGCUUCGACAACAGGUUAAAGUUCAAUCGAAUAGUUUCACUUUGGAUAAUUUGAAACCGGGUCAGCGAUAUGAAUUGACAAUACGGACUGCUUCAAGUCCAGAACGUGUUUCCACCGUGGCAGCUAUUGUGGAAAUCACAAUGCCAAGAGAAAAUGAAUAUUUCGAAGUGGGCAAUUUGAUCAUUAGUUCACAUUUCAAAGAAUCAGGUCAUGGUACCGUUAAUUUGACUUGGGAAGUGCCGGAAAAAAUGCAGAAUCUAAUUCAAUCCUAUGAUCUCGAAUACUCAGAAGCUGGUACAGAGGACUGGCACCAGUUGCAGUUCAACAGUUCACAUCCAUUUGUGAGCUUAACCACUUUGAAAAGUGAUACAGAGUAUCUAUUGAAAAUUCAAACACAUCUCGCUAAUAAUCUAACAACUGAAAGUGGGCAGUUCAGAUUUCGGACACCAUCCGUUGUAAAGAAUCCAAUCAAAAAAGUGGAUGUCAUUUAUGCGCAUGAAAUUGAUGGUAUACGAUUGCAGUGGACAUUGGAAAAUUUUUUAUCCGCAAGUCUUAUUGAUGGAUAUAAUGUUUACGUAUCCGAUAAUCCAGAUCUUCCGGAUGCUGAGUGGUCGUAUUAUCCGGUAAGUGGGUCUGAGUUCCCAAAUAAUGCCUUUGGGAGUGGGACUAAUUCACUCGUACUUCGUGAUUUACUACCCAGUCAUACAUAUUAUGUACGGAUAAACGUUCGAAAGAAGGAUGGUGAAGUAUUGCGCGCACCAAGCAUUUACCGAUUCAAAACGAUGGAACGUGGCGAACUUCUCGAACGUCGUGAGGGGAACACAUUAUCAUAUCAGUUGUUAUCACCUGGACGUGUUCAAAUUACAUGGACAUAUCCUAGUUCCAUUUUACCUGUCGUCACAGGUUCUUCAAUUAUGUAUGCAGAAAGUAAUUCUUUAGCAACAAAGCAAUGGGAGCGUAUUAAUUUAGUCAAUCCGCUACAGAAUUCCGUUGUUCUUGAGCAACUGAAGCCAAACUCACACUAUUUCGUUCGCAUUUUGCCGCAGAUUAACAAUACCUUUUACGAUGAGAGCAUUAUCGAUACGUUCGAAAUUAGAACGGGACCAGAAAGCGUGUUUUUGAAUCAUAUGAAAUUCUCUCAUACUGGCGAUACUAAUUCACGAAUAUUGUUGUCACAUGAAAAACAGCAAGGAAGUAUGAUGACAAGAUGGGGAAAUGGGAAGUUGGUGUUAAGUGCAUGCAAUCCAGAUUCCAUCAAGAACGAAUGUUUCUGGGAUGAACGAUGUGUAUCAAUAAACGAGGGUCAUUUCCGUGGUUUAUGUAUUCCGAGACCGUUGCGUAAUGCUAUCAUCAAUAAUUAA